AUGGCGUCGGCAUUCGACCUGAAAAUGCUUGGUGCUUGUGGAUUCGAUUUAGACCUGGUUUGGUUUAACGUGAGGGUCAGGGAAGAUGUGAACAAUCGCUAUGGAGCUGCGAGAAGCGUGAAUCCUCAACAGCUGAAUGGUCGAUACACGCAGGCUACAGAAGCCACAAAUAAAAUGAUGUGUUGCGUGGAACACUGGAACACAACUCUGACCACUGGCCUAAAGCGUGGUUCAAUCGGCUUUGUUUUCUGUGGUGCAUAG